AUGGUAGACCCGAUGGGAGAAGCCACGUGCAGAUCUGUGGAGCGCAUUUUCGACGGCGUCUCGUUUAACAAAAGUGACAGGAAAAAGCUCCAAUUCGAGGACAAGAAGCUAAACCGCUUCUUCGAAAAUGGGAUACUGAAUUACAGCCUCGUGGAGGUGGUAGGCGUGCCGGGCACCGGAAAAACGCAGUUCGCCCUGACCCUCUGCGCAGAGCUCCUUUUAAAAAAUAUGGACGAAAAAAAACAAGCCAUAGUUUUUUAUGAUUUCUUUCAGUUAAUAAAAAAAGACAUAUACUAUAUUUUGAAACAUCACCAGAUAUCCCUCCUUGUGGUGGAUUCACUAAACUCACUAUUUAAUGCAAAUGAUAACCUAGACUCAUACAGGAAGUGCCAGCUUUUUACAGGAAUAUCUCAAACUCUAAAAAAACUAGCAUAUGAGAAUAACUUCUUUUUAUUGGUACUUAACAGUUGGCAGCCACGGAGAGACUACAUUAAUUUUUCUUUCAACAUUUUUGAUUAUGUCAUUAAUUCUUCCUUUUCCAAUACGAUUAUAUUUUUCAAAAAGAGGAAGAGAAAAAAUGAAAUAUAUCGUAGGAUGACUAUAAAGCAUUCGGAAUUUUUGCGCAAGUAUAAAUCGAUGCGCUUCGAAAUUAACGACUCGGGGUUUAGAGUGUCCUGA